GGAGAUGACGGGAAGCGCGUUGCUGGGUGUCUCGUCUCGUCAUCGCGCCGCUGAAAGGCUUCGGUUCUUUUCAGCACUGGACAGCUCCUCUCCUCUCCUCUCCUCUCCGCUCCUCUCCACUCUACCGAACGCCCCGCUGUGCGCAAUGAUUGACAGCAGAGAUGGCCAUCUGUGAGUCAGCGCCACUUGUGAAAUCCUAUUAGAAAUAACAGCAGACGGAAUUCCGGGCCGAUUGGCUGUUACGUGGCUCCUAUGUUUAGUUACUGCUUAUUAUGGGCUGAGAAAGGCGGAGUUUAUUUGCGGCCAAAGCGUGCGAGCGCUUCGCUCGCCUGCAUCUGAUUAGUAAUCGGGAUUUUUCUCUUCCACCCCCCCCUGUGCGAUCCUGGCUACUUGCAGUUGAGUGUCUUGAGUAUAAAGACGGGUAAAUCGGGAUGCUGGACGCCUUCUUUCAGGCUGCAGGAGAUGGGCUUUCUUUGGAACAGCCUUAAAAGACAUUUCAUUUAGUGGAAGCACUUGAGCGGAUGGGAAUCCGGACGUGAGCGAUCUGAAGUACAGCACCUCUUUAAGAACAAAAAUAAAAAAGGAUGUGACCUAUUCGGAACAAACCUGUCCUUAACGUAUACGUGGUGGAGCGUAUAAGGGCAUCACCGGGACUACCUCCGUUUAUCUACAGGUGAUCGCAGUUCCAUCUUUUGGUUUGUUUGCUUGCCCCUCUUUGUUUUUACCCCGCUGCAUGUCUCAGCAUACUCCCGUGUGAGUUUCGUACAGUCAUCAUACAUUUAUAUAUAUAUAUGUAUAUAUAUACUGUAUAUGUCUGGAUAUACAGUAUAUAUAUAUAUGUAUAUAUAUGUACACGUAGAAGGCACUGCGGUGGAUGGAUAUGGCUGUUUUCCUGCUUUCCUUAUUCUUACAGAUACAAGUAGGAUUUGUUCUGGGAUCUAACUAUGGAUUCGACCAAAGGGAAAAGACAGUCAAAGGGAAGCUGCCGAUUUAUAACCGUCACAUUAACAACCAAUGGCACUCGCAGCACACGUCCUUUUGGAUUAAAUCUGCCACCGAUCGCCCCAUCUUGGCGCAAAAAAUCGAAGAAGACCUGCCCAGGGUCGCGACGGCGUUUCUGCACACGGGGGACUCCUUUAAGCUAAAGCGUGCCAACUGCUCCCGGCGAUACGAACUGGGCAGCCUCCGGGAUGUGGCACACAUCUCCUCGCAGCCUUCCCUGCACAGCGCUCUGGAUACGGUGGUCCACGCCACCAACUUUCUGAACAUGAUACUGCAGACGAACAGGUCCAGGGAGCGCAACCUGCGUGGCGACAUCGAAUGGUACCACGCUCUGGUCAGGAGCAUAUUGGAAGGAGACCCCAAAAUCCAACGGGCAGUGGUGACAUUCAACGCCGAGCCCUGGUCCUCCGGCUCGAAUGUGUUCCUGCAGGCCACCCGGGAAGACAGCGAAAUUGUACUUCAGGACUUGUCCUCCACGGCCCACCACCUGAAAAACAAAACUGCGGAAACGGAGUGGUUCAACGAGCUCAAAUUCAGGGAAAAGCCGCAUUUGCACAAACGGGUCCUGAGCCACGACAUCAGAGCUUUGGAUGCCACGCUGCGGAGGGGUGGCUGUUACGUGAUCGACAAGACUCAGAUCAAGUGGUCUGCACCUUACCUGGAGUGCGAGAAUGGGAAUUUUGUACCCCACUGGCUUCUCACUCUCUCCGCUGGCUUUUACGGGCUAAGGGCGAACCUCACCCCGGAAUUCAGAGGUGUUGUUAGAGUGGACAUCAACCUGCAAAAUGUGGAUAUUGACCAGUGCACCAAUGAAGGAUGGUUUGCGGGGACUCAUCGAUGUAAUCUCACCAGUACUGAGUGUAUUCCCAUUAAAGGACUGGGAUUUGUCCUGGAUGCCUACAAGUGUGUUUGCAGACUUGGGUUCUACCAUCCUAAGAGGAUUUCAGCCAAUGGAUAUAAACGAAAACAAAAAACCAACCACAUCCUGGAAAACUCCUAUGGAGAAGAAAUGUCUUCCGGAGUCUAUGAAUGCCUACCUUGCAAGGAGGGCUGCACUUCUUGUACUGACGACACCCCGUGUUACGUUCAGGAGGAUGGCUACCUGCGCACAGCCGUCGUCUCAUUUCAGGCACUCUGCAUGUUUGUGGAUUUCAUCAGCAUGAUACUAGCCUAUCAUUUUCGAAGAAAAAAGAGCAUAAGAGCUUCAGGCUUAAUUCUGCUGGAGACAAUCUUAUUCGGAGCGUUGCUGCUUUACUUUCCUGUUGUUAUUCUGUAUUUUCAGCCAAGCAUAUUUCGAUGUAUUCUUCUAAGAUGGGUUCGUCUGCUGGGAUUUGCCACUGUUUACGGGACUGUGACUCUCAAGCUGUACAGAGUUCUGAAGGUGUUCCUAUCCCGGACAGCACAGAGAAUUCCUUACAUGACAAGCUGGAGAGUGCUAAGGAUGCUGGGAGUCAUUCUGCUCAUUGUCUGCUGGUUCCUCAUUGCCUGGACCUCUGCUGUCUUCCAGAACAUGGAUAAAAAUGUUUCCAUCAUUGUUGCUGGAGUUACUCCAGACAACCUGCAGUUUAACAUGUGUCUUAUAGAUCGAUGGGACUACAUGAUGACUGUUGCUGAAUUCCUCUUUCUCUUGUGGGGAGUUUAUCUCUGCUAUGCAGUGCGGACGGUGCCAUCAGCAUUCCAUGAGCCCCGCUACAUGGCUGUUGCAGUCCAUAAUGAACUCAUUAUCUCUGCAAUAUCUCAUACCAUUAGGUUUACUUUGGUCAGCUCUCUUCAUCCUGACUGGAUGCUUAUGUUACUUUUUGCACACACACACUUGACGGUGACGGUCACACUUGGAUUACUUCUAAUACCAAAGUUUCUUCUAGAAGGAGCUCACCCUCGAGAUGACGUUGCAGCAGAAGCCUAUGAGGAUGAAUUAGAUCUUGGAAGAUCGGGCUCCUACCUCAACAGCAGUAUCACAUCAGCCUGGAGCGAACACAGCCUAGAUCCAGAUGACAUACGGGAAGAACUAAAAAAGCUAUACACUCAGCUCGAGAUAUAUAAAAGGAAGAAAAUGAUAGCCAAUAACCCACAUCUGCAGAAGAAAAGGAGUUCAAAGAAAGGACUGGGCCGCUCGAUCAUGAAGCGCAUUACUGAGAUCCCCGAAACCGUAAGCAGACAAUGCAACAAGGAAGAAAAAGAAUUUGCUGAUCACAGUGGGGCUAGAAAUAGCAUCAGCACCUUGAGGAAGAACCCGUUUGACCCAUCACACUGUGGCUCCAGAGCCAAAGAAGAAUCUUUGAAACAUAAGGUUUUCUCGCUUAAGAAGUCGCACAGCAGCUAUGACCACGUGAGAGACCAAACCGAGGACUCUAGCAACUCAACCCCUGACAAAAUGGAAGUUUCCACAACUGAAAAUUCACUCUUGGAUGCUCUGAUGAGUAAAAAACUCACCAAGAAAUCGGUGGAUACAGUCGAAGCCGAAUCCACCGAGUCUGUUCCACUAGUGUGCAAAUCCGCCAGCGCUCACAAUUUGACUGCGGAGAAGAAACCCUUGCACCCCCGGACAUCCAUGUUACAGAAAUCACUAAGUGUCAUUGCUAGUGCUAAGGAGAAGACCUUGGGACUGACUGGGAAAGCUCAUAGUCUUGAGGAAAGCCACAAGCAACCAAAAUGUCAGUCCAAAAGCAAAGACUCCAAUAAAGCUCAGCUUGAGAAAAUUGAAAAAAUAGACGCUUACCAAGAAAACGUAUCUAAGUCCCCAGAAGGGUCGAGAAAACCAAAUAAACUGGGCAUUAUAAAACAUCAAGCUGUCAAUCCUGUCUCCUCUGACUCGGGGAAAUCGGGAAUCAAGGACCAAUGUGAUGUAUCCGACGUGUGUCCGUGGGAGAUUCAAGAUGUUCCUCCAGAGUUUGUGGAAGCUAAAGUUCAAAGGCAUGUAUCUAUUGCUCCAACAGAUUCUUCAUCUCUGCAUGUUCCCCACACAAAAGCUAAACUGCAUCAAAGGCAAAAAUCUGUGGAGAAUCCUUUGUUCCCAGGUAGGCCGUCUAAGUCACAGACCCCUGAUAAGGCAGAAGUAUCUCCUUGGGAGCACGAGGAGGCUCACUUUAUGUCAGGUGACUCAAACUCGCAAUCUCAUUUAAAAGAUUUAAAUCUGGGGACGUUUCACAAAACAGAUGCUUCUUCAAGGGAUUUAGAAGAAAACCUUCCAGGAAUGAGACUAAAAUCCACUGAGCUGGACAGAAACAUAGCAGAGGAUCCUAAAAAGAACACGCUUCUCAUUAGUGUUCAAAACAAGGAUGUCUUACUACAAAACACAAAAUGUGACAGAAACUCCGAGGCUUUAAUCAGCAAAGCAGAUGUCUGCCCUUGGGACUUUGAUGACGCGCAGUUAACAAAUGCAGCCAAGGUGUCUGCACCAAGUCCUUUUGUAAAAUCAAAAGAAUCUCUUCCAAGAAAAAAGGGUGCUUCCACAUUCACCAAAGCAUUUCUGGCUGCUGGGCUGGAAAGGGACAAGGAGAAAAGUCGAGAUAGGGAUGAAGAUAAGAGGAAAAAGGUUAAGGAGAGGGGUAUCUCCUCCAAAUCUGUAGAGAAAGCUAGCAGCCAUUCCAAAAUGGAAGAGGUGUGUCCUUGGGAGGCUGACAGCAGUAUGGAUGCUUCCAAUUUAGUGAAACGGAGAAACUCCCCUAAUGAACUCAGUGCAGGGAAGGGCAACAAUGCUGAAAUUUGCCCAUGGGAUUUUGAGAGUAUACAUGACGCUUCCAAACAGGACCAAAACUCAAGUACAACGAAACAUCACCCGAAUUCCAAGAAAGGAAAAACUGAUAAGGCCAGACUAGCAGAGGUUUGUCCAUGGGAUUACGACGACCAAAUUGCAGGCAAAACUGCAUAAUCAACUGCACUGCUUGAAAUUCUACCUUAAUUAAUACUUCUUCUGAGACAUUUCUCGUUUUUUGAACCAUACAAGUUUCUAUCAAUGAAAAGCAAGCAAUCUAUUUAUUGUGAAGUGAAGAAAAAAGAAAAAAAAAACAAAUAACUGUUGCUUGAGAUUGUCUGCCAUCUUAGAUGACUGAACCCCUCACAUCUGAUGAAAAGCAUUCCAGACUGCUGCUGACUAUCUGAUUAAUUCUUGAAGAUAUAUGCAACUAUUACUCGCAGUAAUUGCUACAUAAAUUAAUCAUGAUCUCUCAUCCAUCGCUUGACAAAUAAUAAAUGUUAACGUGGCCACUGAAGCCAUAACUUAA